GCUGGGCUGAGGGGAAGAGACGCUGCUCUGCGCAGAUCCUACUCCUUCCCGGUGCUGCAUUAUCUUGAAAUCUUCCUUCCCCUUCCCCCUAGCCCCAACUCUCCCCAACUCCAACCCUGACCCAGAAAGUAGUCUGAUUUGGAGCCUGGAAGACAAAACCAUGUAAGGUCUGUGGAAAUCACAGCUGCUCAGACCCGCCUCCAACCCCAGCCACCCCGCCCCCUUGCCCCAGCCUUCCUGUGUCCUUCCCACCCUUAGUCCCAGGCAUCUGACUACCGGGAACCUCAGCCAGAGUCCGGGAGCACCCCCCCCCCGUCCAGGAGCCAACAGAGCCCCCGUCGUGCUGGCGUGAGAAUACAUUGCUCUCCUUUGGUUGGAUCCACUGCCCCGCUUCAUGGGAAAAUGAACCAGAAAACCAUCCUGGUGCUCCUCACUCUGGCUGUCAUCACCAUCUUUGCCUUGGUUUGUGUCCUGCUGGUGGGCAGGGGUGGAGAUGGGGGUGAACCCAGCCAGCUUCCCCAUUGCGCCUCCAUAUCUCCCAGUGCCCAGCCUUGGACACACCCUGGCCAAAGCCAGCUGUUUGCAGACCUGAGCCGAGAGGAGCUGACAGCUGUGAUGCACUUUCUGACCCAGCGACUGGGGCCAGGGCUAGUGGAUGCAGCCCAGGCCCGGCCCUCGGACAACUGUGUCUUCUCAGUGGAGCUACAGCUGCCUCCCAAGACUGCAGCCCUGGCUCACCUGGACAGGGGGAGCCCCCCACCUGCCCGGGAGGCACUGGCCAUUGUCUUCUUUGGCAGGCAACCCCAGCCCAACGUGAGUGAGCUGGUGGUGGGGCCACUGCCUCACCCUUCCUAUAUGCGGGACGUGACCGUGGAGCGUCAUGGAGGCCCCCUGCCCUAUCACCGACGCCCCGUGCUGUUCCGAGAGUACCUGGACAUAGACCAGAUGAUCUUCGACAGAGAGCUGCCCCAGGCUUCUGGGCUUCUCCACCACUGUUGCUUCUACAAGCGCCGGGGACGGAACCUGGUGACAAUGACCACGGCUCCCCGUGGUCUGCAAUCAGGGGACCGGGCCACCUGGUUUGGCCUCUACUACAACAUCUCAGGGGCUGGGUUCUUCCUGCACCCCGUGGGCUUGGAGCUGCUAGUGAACCACAAGGCCCUGGACCCUGCCCGUUGGACCAUCCAGAAGGUGUUCUAUCAAGGCCGCUACUACGACAGCCUGGCCCAGCUGGAGGCCCAGUUUGAGGCCGGCCUUGUGAAUGUGGUGCUGAUCCCAGACAAUGGCACAGGUGGGUCCUGGUCCCUGAAGUCCCCUGUGCCCCCGGGUCCAGCUCCCCCUCUGCAAUUCCAUCCCCAGGGCCCCCGCUUCAGUGUCCAGGGAAGGCGAGUGGCUUCCUCACUGUGGACUUUCUCCUUUGGCCUCGGAGCAUUCAGCGGCCCAAGGAUCUUUGACGUUCGCUUCCAGGGAGAAAGACUAGUUUAUGAGAUCAGCCUCCAAGAAGCCUUGGCCGUCUAUGGUGGAAAUUCCCCAGCAGCAAUGAUGACCCGCUAUGUGGAUGGAGGCUUUGGCAUGGGCAAGUACACCACGCCCCUGACCCGUGGGGUGGACUGCCCCUACCUGGCCACCUACGUGGACUGGCACUUCCUUUUGGAGUCCCAGGCCCCCAAGACAAUACGUGAUGCCUUUUGUGUAUUUGAACACAACCAGGGCCUCCCCCUGCGGCGGCACCACUCAGAUCUCUACUCCCACUACUUUGGGGGCCUUGCAGAAACGGUGCUGGUCGUCAGAUCUGUGUCCACCUUGCUCAACUAUGACUAUGUGUGGGAUAUGGUCUUCCACCCCAGUGGGGCCAUAGAAACCCGAUUCUAUGCCACGGGCUACAUCAGCUCAGCAUUCCUCUUUGGUGCUACCGGGAAGUACGGGAACCAAGUUGCAGAGCACACCCUGGGCACGGUCCAUACCCACAGCGCCCACUUCAAGGUGGAUCUGGAUGUAGGAGGACUGGAGAACUGGGUCUGGGCCGAGGAUAUGGUCUUUGUCCCCAUGGCUGUGCCCUGGAGCCCUGAGCACCAGCUGCAGAGGCUGCAGGUGACCCGGAAGCUGCUGGAGACAGAGGAGCAGGCCGCCUUCCUCGUGGGAGGCACCACCCCUCGCUACGUGUACCUGGCCAGCAACCACAGCAACAAGUGGGGCCACCCGCGGGGCUACCGCAUCCAGAUGCUGAGCUUUGCUGGGGAGCCGCUGCCCCAAAACAGCUCCAUGGCGAGAGGCUUCAGCUGGGAGAGGUACCAGCUGGCCGUGACCCAGCGGAAGGAGGAGGAGCCCAGUAGCAGCAGCGUUUUCAAUCAGAAUGACCCUUGGGCCCCCACUGUGGAUUUCAGUGACUUCAUCAACAACGAGACCAUUGCUGGAAAGGACUUGGUGGCCUGGGUGACAGCUGGUUUUCUGCACAUCCCACAUGCAGAGGACAUUCCUAACACGGUGACUGUGGGGAACGGCGUGGGCUUCUUCCUCCGACCCUACAACUUCUUUGACGAAGACCCCUCCUUCUACUCUGCCGACUCCAUCCACUUCCGAGGGGACCAGGAUGCUGAGGCCUGUGAGGUCAACCCCCUGGCUUGCCUGCCCCAGGCUGCUGCCUGUGCCCCCGACCUCCCUGCCUUCUCCCACGGGGGCUUCUCUCACAACUAGGCGGUCCCUGGGAUGGGGCAUGUGGCCAAGGGCUCCAGGGCCAGGGUGUGAGGGACGGGGAGCAGCUGGGCACUGGGCCGGCAGCCUGGUCCCCUCUUCCCUGCUCCAGGACCUUCUUUCUUCCACUGCCCUGCCUCGAAUCCCCUCUAUGCCAGGAGCCUCCUGACCCUGUGAUGCCUGACACAGGGGACAGUCAGCUUUGUUGAUGCCAGCUGUGCUGAGUUCCCAUCCAGUGAGGCCAGGGCAUGGCCCAGCCUGGAACCAUGGCUGAGGGCUUCCCUAGACGGCUCCCUUUUUUGCUCUCUGGCUUUCCCAAAUCUUUUCAGGCCAUCUCUAAGGACUCUAAAAGGGGGUUAUUCCCUGGAGACCCCAGGGUGGGGUUGCCAGUCCUGCAAGUCCGUAGCUGAGCUGGAAAGGAUGCUUCUGCUCACGUUCCCUCUCAUCCAGGUCUCUUCCUUCUUGUCUUCCUUCCUCUCGCCUACUUCCUCCUCGUCCUGUUCCUGCCUUCUCUUCUAUCCUGCAAUUUCUCCCGAAUCCUGAGGGGAUAUCCCUGUGCCCCAGCCCCUGGUGCUCCCCCAGCCCGCACUUCUCAAUCAACUUCAGUCUCCUCUCCAGCCCUGUGGAAGUCUCAAAGAUGCAAUGGGACCCCUAAUUGGAGGCCAAUCCCUGUGUGUCGUUCCCUUGCGUCUGUUGCUUAUUGGGAGUAGGAGUUGCUCCUACCCCUGUCCUGGGGCUGGGUGUGUUUCAGGACAGCUGCCUCUGUGCAUUUGUGUCUGCCUGCCUCAUGCUCUCUAGAGGAGGAUGGUCAUCGUGACAGCAGCAGCUCAAGUUAGCAUUUCAAGCGAUUUUGUGGGUGCAGUGAUAAUGAAGAAUGGGUAUUUUGUACCAGGGCUCUAUAUUCUGCAACAACCUGCUUGGGAGGCUGGAGUGGAAACCAAGAGUGGGCAUCAAAGAUGAGGAGCCAAAGCCCCUAGAACUCUGGCCACCCAGCCAGGAGGGACUGUCCAAUCACAUUCAGGAUUGCAAAUGAGCUGGGCCCUGGGUGAGGUGGGGGUCUGGCCUAAGGGGGAGGGGCCUGGUGUGGGUGGGGCGGGGCCUGGCCUGGUCCAGGCUUGGGCUCCGUACCCGUCACUGCUGUCCCUCCUGAGGUCUGGAUUGGGGAUGAGGACAAAGAAAUAGCAAGAGAUGAGAAACAACAGAAACUUUUUUCCCUAAAGGAUUGGUUAAAUCAGUUCUGAUACAGCCUUACAAUACAAUAGUAUGCAGCUGAAAAAUAAUUGUAUGCCUUUAUAUACUAAUAUGUAAUAAUCUUCAAGUGAAAAAGGCAAGCCACGGAAAUAUGUAUAGUGCACUUCCCAUUUGUGUUUCAGAAAGGAGGAGAAUAUAAAUACAUAUUUGCUUAUGUAUACCUAUUCAGAAUAAAUGGAUAACGCUGAUUACUUUUGGGAGGGGAACCAGGAGGUUGAGGACAGGGGAGGGAAGGGUCUUAACACUUAUACCCUUUUGUACAUUUUGAAUUUUGAACCAUGUGACUGUAUUACCUAUUCAAAAUAAACAAUAAAUGGGCCCAAA